AUGGUUGAACCCAUGAAUUACGUCACUCUUUGGACGCAUUGUUCGCACAAAACAACGCCUUUUGCGGUCUUCGAGCACGUGAUUGAUGGACACAAAGCACACCAUGUGUUGAGUGCCGAAGACAUCACCGCAACGUUUGCUGAAUAUAUCACGAUCUCGAAGAACAACAAAAUGGUUCAGUUCAUCAACUAUAGGAUGCGACCCUUGAAAGAGUGGAAUAGAGAUGAGGGGAGCGGACGAUCACCUCUCGAUGACCUCCACUACUGCCUGAGCCUUGAAUUAGUCCUUCAGUCGUCCUCUCAGUUAACUCAGAGGCAGAGCUAUACCUUCAACUCGACGGCACACCACUGCGAGCACACUAACACACCAACGGGUCAUCACCACCAGACCCCUACCAGACCCCCACCAAAGGGUUCAAAGUCCCACUAA